AUGGACAUGUACUUUGGCUUUGUGGUUCUUGAGGGCCUCCUGGCCGUGGCCAUCAUCACCACCAACCUGCUGGUGUGCGCCACCCUCUGCUUGCACAAAGAACUGAGGCACGUCACAAACUACCUGAUCUUCUGCCUGGCGGUGGCCGACCUGGGUGUGGGGGCUCUGGCGAUCCCGUUCACCAUGGUGCUCAGCAUGGGAUACACCAUGUGCUUCUACACGUGCCUCUUCCUCACUUGUUUCCCACUGGUCACCACUCAGUUCUCCAUCCUCCUCCUGCUGGUCAUUGCCAUCAACGCGCACCUGAAGAUCAGGCUGCCCAACAGUUACAUCACAUAUGUGAAGAAGGGACGGGUGAUGGUCCUCGUGGCCUUCUGCUGGCUGCUGUCCCUCCUGAUUGGCCUCUCCCCGAUGAUGGGCUGGAACCGCUUUCGGCAGUACGCAGAAGAAGCCAGCAACCAGACCGUGGCGGUCAGCUCCCCCUCCGAGAGGAUACCCUUCGUCGUCCUCGCCCGCGAUCUUCCUUAUACAGGGUUCCUCUCCAAGGUUUAUCCGGGUCCCCUCCAGAACUUCAGCGACAGCGGGAUCCAUGACGGGCACCUCGGCCGCUGCUCCUUCACCUCCGUCUUCAGCCCCGAGUACCUGGUCUACUUUGUCUUCUUCACCUGCACCCUGCUGCCCCUGGUGGCCAUGCUGGGCAUCUACCUCAACCUCUUCCGGGUCGUCCGCGGCCAUUUCCACUCCCAGGUUCCGUGGGCUGCCAAGCGAGGGGAGAUCCAGACGGCUCGCACCCUCUUCCUGUUGGUGGGGGUCUUCUGCGUUUGUUGGCUGCCCCUGCACGUAAUCUACUGCGUUCAGCUCCUGUGCCCCAGAUGCCAGGCCUACGAGUCCCUGGACCGCCUGGCCGUCUUGCUCUCCCACACGAACUCCUUGGCCAACCCCCUCAUCUAUGCCCUGAGGAAGAAGGACUUUGGGCGGGCCCUCCACUCUGUGCUCUUCCAUCAUCUCCUGCCCUGGCCCAGGCUGCGGCACUGCUGUUGUCCCAACCCCAAAGUCCAUCCUCAGACCUGA